CUCGCAGACCCGAAAUUCCCCAAAUCCAAUGAUGUCAUCAUCUGCUGCGCCCUCCGAACUCGUCCUCUACAACCUCGUCCCAGCCCAAACCCUAAACCCUCACAACCCCACCGCCGCCGCCGCCGACCCCGCCGGCGAGCGCCGCGUCCGCCCGCGCCGCUCCGCGGACCGCCACGCCAAGGUCGCCGGCCGCGGCCGCCGCGUGCGCAUCCCGGCCAUGGUCGCCGCGCGCGUCUUCCAGCUCACCCGCGAGCUCGGCCACCGCACCGACGGCGAGACCAUCGAGUGGCUCCUCCGCCAGGCCGAGCCCUCCAUCAUCGCCGCCACCGGAACCGGCGUCACCCCGCAGGAGGCGCCCCCCGCCGCCGUCCCCGUCGGCGGCCACGGCGCAUCUUUCGUCCAGGUGCCCUACUACACGGCCCUCCUCAUGCAGCCGCCCAGCGUCGAGGAGCAGCCGCUGGCGUCCGCGUCCGCGCCCGCCGCCCCUGACGAUGCCGACACUGCCACUGCGGCCGCGGCCCCGGAGGAGAACAAUUAAUUGGCACAACGGAAGCUAGGGUUAGGGGCUUGUUAGGGGUAGUCUGUGAAGAGUUUACUACUGGGCUCUUUAGUCCCUCCGGAAUAAUUUUCUCCUAUUGCCACGGCACGGGUUAGGCCCAAUUAGAUGGGCGAUUCGAAGGAGGGGGGAUUGGGAUGUUAGAAGUUUUAGCGGUGGAAGGAGGCAGCUUUCUGUCAGUGUUGGUUGAGUGAGUGUGAUACUCAUGUCUCAGUUCCUGUGAAUGGUUCAGUGCUGGUUUUAAUCUCAGUAUUCGCUUGUCCUCU